UCCCAGCGUGCUCUCUGAGAAUUGGGUAAUGGUCGCAGCAUUGGUGUCGAGGUACGGUAAAAAAAAAAAAAAAGACACGAAAGUGGGUUAUAGGGAGGAGGGGACGACCGCCAGCGUCUGCAGCCAGGAUCCUGUCAGCCAGCGCAUUCACAUGGACUGGCCGCCCGAGCCAUGUGCGAGCUGUGUUUACGUUCUGCCCAGCGCGGCUUUUGAUUGGACGCCGGCUGCCGUGACGUAGUGAUUACAUAAUGAGACAGGGCACCGAGCGCCUCUCCACGUGAGGCUCCCGCAGGGGGACGCGCUGCCGUGACCUACUUUCUGGAACACGUGGACUCCAGCCGCGAAGCCUCCAGCCAAUCAGCAGGUGGACUGAACGACUGAAGCCCCGCCCCUUGAUGCCGCAUUCAGGACGGUUCUAGCAGCGCGCUAAUUGGCCAGAGGCUGGGAUACGGCGGACGGGACGUGCGGGCACACGUGUAACGGGAGCCACGGGCAGGAGAGCGGCAUGAGUCAGGCCUUGUGACUGCGGCGCCUCAGGCCACUGGAGGAUUAACCGUGUUGUGUAACUGGUGUACAGCUAGCCUCCAGUGCUGUGCCCCGUGUACUCUACGUCAUCAUACACGUCACUUAUGAUGUCACUCCAUUGGGAGAUUAAUGUUCAUUUAAAGCCUAUAGUUUAUAAUGUGGAAAGUAAUGCACUCUUGUGUCAUUUAUUUAUGUGGUGUCAUUGCAUACAUCAGCUCCUCAAGCUCAGCCUCCAGCCCUUCCUCCUGCCACAGUGAUAGCUCCAAUAGUAGCUUCCAGUCUUCAUCCUCCUCUCUUCCAUCCUCCCCCAGUAGCUCUGUUUCUGAGGGCAGCAGUGGUGGAAGCAGUGGUGGGAGCAGCGGGAAUGGUACCAGCAGAAGUGACCUUUCAAGUGGGGCACCCACCACCACAGAUGACUCUCAGAAGAACCAGCAGGUGGACACACUGUGCAUAAAAACAACCUAUACUAGUGCAGCAAUCUUAUCCAAAGGACAUGGCGGAGUCCCCACUAAAUUCAGUGGAAUGAUACUUCUUUGUAAAGUGUGCGGAGAUGUAGCCUCUGGAUUUCACUAUGGCGUCCAUGCUUGUGAAGGCUGUAAGGGUUUUUUCCGAAGAAGCAUUCAACAAAACAUCCAGUACAAAAAGUGCCUCAAGAAUGAGAGCUGUUCUAUCAUGAGGAUGAACCGAAAUCGCUGCCAGCAAUGCCGUUUCAAGAAGUGUUUGUCUGUCGGCAUGUCAAGAGAUGCCGUUCGUUUUGGUCGCAUUCCAAAACGUGAAAAGCAAAGAAUGCUGAUGGAAAUGCAGACUGCCAUGAAGACUAUGAUGAACAGUCAGUUUGGUAGCUCAAGACACCAAGAAGCACUGCCAGAUUAUCAAGCUUCACCUUCACUUUUGCCACCUAUGCCCCUCCCUGUUCAAGAAAACGUAGAAGCCAAUGGUCUAAAGUACCCAGAUAAAAAAAACACUCCGCCUGCACCUUCUUCUCUUCCUCCAUCGUCAGACGUUAGCAAAGAAGAUGUUAUUGGUACGGUAACUAGGGCUCAUAGAGAAACCUUUAUGUAUAACCAGGAACAUUCUGAAAUCAAAACUGAAGCAAGCCACCAGAUUGAAGAAAGAAUGAAUAACCUGAAACACAUGACCACGAGCAACAAUGGCCUCCUUAAUAAUGGUCUCAGCACUGCUCGCUGUCCUGCUAGUGAAAGCCAGAAUUGUAUAAAUGAACAGCAUCGAGGCAAAAACACUAUGGGUUAUUCUAAUGUCCAUGCUUUUGGUUACUCCAAUGAACACAAUAUAAACAUUUCAAAUGGUUUUUCCCACAAAGGAUGCAGUAAAGGAGCCAUGUUUGAUAUAUCUCAGGCUGACCAAAUGAAUGGCUACACAUGCAACAUUGGAAGAAGAAUGCAUCUGGUCUGUCCAAUGAGCAUGUCUCCAUUUAUGGACCCAAAUAAAUCAGGACCUCAGAUCUGGGAAGAGUUCUCUAUGAGUUUCACCCCCGCUGUAAAAGAAGUUGUAGAAUUUGCUAAGCGUAUUCCAGGAUUUAAAGACCUUUCCCAGUAUGAUCAGGUCAACUUGCUGAAGGCUGGAACAUUUGAGGUAUUGAUGGUACGGUUUGCGUCAUUGUUUGACGCAAAGGAGCGUACUGUAACCUUUCUUAGUGGGAAGAAGUACAGUGUGGAUGAGCUACGCUCUAUGGGAGCUGGGGAGCUUCUGAACUCUGUUUUUGAAUUCAGUGAGAAGCUUAGUGCUCUACAGCUUAGUGAGGAGGAGAUGAGUUUGUUUACAGCAGUUGUCCUCGUCUCUGCUGAUCGCUCUGGUAUUGAAAAUGUAAACUCUGUCGAAGCAUUGCAGGAAACCCUUAUCCGUGCAUUGAGGACUUUAAUCAUGAAAAACCAUCCCAAUGAAGCCUCCACCUUUACCAGACUCCUCCUGAAGUUAGCAGAUCUGCGCUCUCUCAACAAUAUGCACUCAGAGGAGCUCUUGGCUUUCAAAAUUCACCCGUAGGCCUAUAUUUGACUAAUGUAUGACAUCUACUGUAUAAUGUGUGACAGAUUAGGUGUGCCCUUAGGGUUAUGUUUGGCACAGUGUAUUUAUGACAAGUGCAAAAAUAGCCUGUAGAAGAGGCAAAGCCUUAAAGUGAAGCAUAUGUGCAAUUCACUAGACUUUAGUGAAAUGACUGAGGCAUUAGUCCCUAGAGGAUACAGUAUAUACUCAUGAAUAAUGGUGCAGCCUACAAAUUGGCUACCUCUACACAACCUAGACAACAUGCGCACUUUAUGCUUCAACAAACAAUGAUCACACACAGACUCCUCAAGCCUUAUUCUGCAUUAAGUAGGAGGUUUUUAGAAUUGGGCAUGAAUCUUUAAAAAAAACAUAACUCACAAAAAGUAAGGGAAAUGUCCUUGAGCCUCAAGAAAGAGACCAGGCAUUCACUUACUUUACACUUUGUAAAACUUUUAAAGAACCAAAUUUUAUUUUACCAAAUCUUUGCUGGGCCUAGUCAAGGCUAUAUAAAAUAGUUUAUAGCUAGGGGACAUGAUUAUCACUUUUUAGGUGUCUGGAAAUUCAUAUAUAUUACAAAGUAUGUAUCUUAUUAUCAUUUCCAAAUGCUUUGCUGGUCUGUUAUGUGCCUCUGCCAGGAACUGGGUUGUUGUCUGUCACACAGAUGUUAAGCACGUUUGAGUCUAUUCCUUUUCUGUAUUUAUGUGUAUAUGAUAUAACCUUUUACUGACACACUAUUGAUGGGGGAAUGUAUCUUUCCCUGUGCCGGUGCAGAUUGGCAAAAUUGUGCCAAAUGUUUUGCACCAGCCCCAAGUUUGCGCAUAAUGUUGUGCAAACUUGGAGUUUCCACUGAUGCGGAGCUUGUGCAAAUUGUUGCCGUUUUGCCAUUCUGCACUGGCUCAGGGGGUGAUAAAUUCCCCCCCUAUGUGUUUAGAAAUUGUAAAUAGUCCUAGAUAGAAUGUUACAGAUAAAUCUAAAUGCUAGCUUCCUUGCAAUAUUUUAAACUGUGAAGGGAGCUGUUACAAAUAGUUAUUGUUAUCUAUGAGAUUUAUAAAAUGUAUGAAGAUAUCCGGUAAUUGAAAAAAAAUGACUAAAUAUUUACUUGUAUAUUUUUGAGAGCCAUUAAAAUGCUGCAUAUAUUUGUUACAUGGAAGGCCCCCCACCCCCAGUGUAACUGGGUAAUUUGCGGCCAAGCUGCAACCUUGUGACUUGCUGUAUAAAAGGACUGUUGGGCAAGUAACAGCAAUGUCAUGUUAAGUCCAGGCCAAUAUCAUGUAGGCUUGUGUAUACCGGUUUUCUUAAGGCGCAGUUCCACCUAAAUCACAAUUCAUUUAUAAUAAUGAAAUAGGGACAAUGUAAAAUGAACGUUCUCAUUGCCAUAUCAGGGUCCCAUAAAGUGCUAAAGUGACAGAUAAGCAGCACAAAGUGGCACUUAUAUAAAUUCUGUGGACAGGAAUUUACUUAGUCGGAAUGGGACUGUCACAAGCGCGGAAGUACUGCUGCCCUUCUUUUACAGAUUUUUGUGUCUCCAUUAAAAAGAAGUUGGGUAAAGCUUUAUAGAUACUUGUGUGCUCAAGCCAGCAAAAUCUGCAUGCAGCAUUAAUAAUAUUAGGGUUAAAAUAUUAUUUCCAAGAUCUAAACACUGUGCUAGGUUUUCAGAUAUAAUAGAUGAGAUAUAUGCACUUUAUAUCCGGCAGCAUAACCAAACCAAAUUUUACAGUGCUAAUCUCAAAAUGGGGGUGACCUUUCUUUUAAGGUCCAAGACAAGUUUUGUAGUUGUAAGGGAGAUGGGUAUGUUAUCGAUUACUACAAGCUCUAACUUUAACACUGCUUUGUAGAAAAAAAGACAAACCCAUUCAUACCUGUUUAUUUGAUAGCAGCUACAGGGCUUUUUAUUAGUAUAAUAUUUAGUAUUUUUAUGUCCCACCACUGGGUUCAUGAACCACCCAACAACGAGGGCUAAUCUUUCUAAUAGCUGCUGCAUUUGACCAUUUAGGCGGUCUCUUUUCAAUGGCAGUACCUAAAUGUUAUGUAGAAGAAUAUUUUUAUUUUGUGUAACAUCACUAAGUUAAAUAACAUUUGAUGCAAAGCUGAAUGUUAAACACUCUACCACUCUAUCUCUAUAGUUCUGGGGAAAAUGUUUGAAUGAUUGUAUCUCCCCCAUUGGAUAUCGAGUAAAAGCACUAUUUCUACUUAGAAACAUUCUGGGCAAAAUGAAAAAUAUAGAUUUACCCAGUGUUGGGCAUCUCACUUUUAACCACAAGACUUUUUCAACCACAACAGGUGUUUUUGGGUUAAAGUGUAGGGAGUAGCAUGAGGCUUCUCCAUGGUGCUCAGAUAGAAAUUCUCUACUAAUAUUGUUCUUUGCCCCUCUAAUGCCCCAUUUACACUAUGAAAAGGUGUGGAUUCAACUUGCAGCAGACUCCAAUUUAUCUCAAUGGGAAUCUGCUGCUCAGUUGAAGGGGUUAUCCAGGAAAAAACUAUAUAUAUAUAUAUAUCAACUGGCUCCAGAAAGUUAAACAGAUUUGUAAAUUACUUCUAUUAAAAAAUCUUAAUCCUUUCAGUACUUAUGAGGUGCUGAAGUUGAGUUGUUCUUUUCUGUCUAAGUGCUCUCUGAUGACAACUGCCUCGGGAACUGUCCAGAGUAGAAUCAAAUCCCCAUAGCAAACCUCUUCUACUCUGUGCAGUUCCCGAGACAAGCAGAUAUGUCAGCAGAGAGCACUGUUGCCAGACAGAAAAGAACAACUCAACUUCAGCAGCUGAUAAUUAUUGGAAGGAUUAAGAUUUUUUUUAAUAAAAAUCAUGUACAAAUCUGUUUAGCUUUCUGGAGCAAGUUGAGAUAUAUAUACGCUGUAGUGAAUGGGACAGCACUUAUGAUCAUUAAGCGACAUUAAGCACCGAUUCCGCAGAAGGCUGCUAUAAGUGGAAUCCAUACAGAAUUUUCAGUGUGAACUGGCCCUAACACUGCAUGUAUGAGACAAACACUGCUGGUUAAUAUAAAUAUAUCAGUUAUAUGUCUUGUACAUGUGGGAUAAAGCAGAUUAUGGGCCCCAUCACCAAGGAGAAAGAUCCCAUGAUCAGCUUUUUACUAACAACAGUAGGAGUUUUGGGGAUUGAGGAGCGCCAAACGUCUUUGGGUAAAAAGGAAGCAAUAGUUUAUAAACAGCUUAGAAUAGUUUUUUCUAAACUGACUGUGUUGCACCAAAAAGGAUAUGAUAUAAAAAAAAAAAAUUUUAUAUUUUAAAAAUGUUUUUUUAAAUGUGGUUAAAAGAAGAAAAGUGGGUUCAGUAAUUCUUUUGUGAUGGAGCUUUUCUUAUUUUUGCUCUCAUUAUUAUUUAUUGCAUUUUAUGUGAUUCUGUCUCUUCAUUCUUGUGCCAUACCAUUUCUGUUUUCUGUGUUACUUCAUUUAGAAACAGUUGUAAUGCGUUAAUAUGACCUGUUCAAUGUAUGAUUUAUAAUAGCACAGAUAUCUAUAUUGACACUCCCUACCUACAGACAUCCUGAAGCAGGUUCAUGGGAUUCAGGGCUUCAUUCAUGCACAUCUGUUGCUUCUAACGUGAAUGGCAGCCAUUGUGAAUUGUACAAUACAACCACAAUGGUGACUUCAUUUGGUCAGACCAAAUGGAUAGGCUCGAUUUCACUGCCAUCACAGCCAGAUGCACUUUAGCUAUAGGGCUACCACUGCGCCAAAAUAUUAACUAGUGUUUAUUAUACAACAUUUAUUAAAAUAUCACAAUAUUCCAGGAUUAGUUCAAGGGUAAUAUUUUUUUUUUACCAAAAUCUUAUGUAUAUUUUAAUUUGUUAACCUUUUGGAAAAUUACAUUUUAAAUAAUUUUCUAGAUUUCAGAGGUCAUAACUGCAGACAUAUCAUUGUGAAUAUUCACACGUGGCUUCCAGCCCAUUUCAAAAAAACUUUUUUGUCCAAACUUAGUGAAAAAAUUUUCAAGAGAUAUAUUAUGCUGGGUUCACACUAUGGAAUUUUCAAGGCUGCUGCUUGGAAAUUCAAGUGCAACAGCCUCUUGUUUUUAAUGAGUUUCCACUGCACCUUACACACUGCUGAAUUCUGCUGCAGAAAUUCAUAUUCUGGACUCCACCAAAAGAAUGAACAUGUUCAUUCUUUUGGCUGACCUGCACAGAAAUGCAUUGCCCUCGUAUCCGGCACAUAUCCGAGUGGUCCUGACUCAGUCAGCACUACUGUGCACGGAGUGUUCACCAGGAAUUUUUUCAGACAAACAUUCUGUAGUUUGAACCUGGCCUUACAAUGAUUAAAUAAGGUCACCAAAACCGAAAACAAGCAACAUCACUGGUGCAGUUCACAACAUGGGCACCUCUACUGGGUAUAGGUAAUCGGUUAACAGCAAGACAUUCCAUACCCGUAAGCCUCAUACAUGGCCUCACAUGUCAUGUAUGUAUUUUACAUCAAGAAAAAAUUGGAAGGCACAGUCUUUUCCUCUUACUACAUGCCUAAUAGUUGUUUUGUGUAUAGCUCUGAUAUAUAUCUCAGGAAAUGUUUGGCCACUUAGGGGCCUGGAGACCAAGUCCAAAGGUUAAUUCUUAGACAUAAACUACUGUCUGGAGGGAAAUAACUGCUGCUAAAACCUAUGUCAGCGUUUUACCCAGUUUACCAUCACUAUCAAGUGUGCAGUGAUCUCUGGAUUUAUAGUAUUUAUUUGUGGUCCCUGACAUGGCACCUAUGAGAGCCCAGCUGUUCUUAUAGCCCUACCUCUCUCACCUUUUCCAGUCUUGUCUUUGUUUUUAUGGGGCCCCAUGUGGACCCUAGCCUUUUGAGUACUCUUUUUAAGUCUUUUGUCCUCUGUACGUGAACAUGUAUACGAGUGGUGCUAGAAUUUUUUCUGUCUCUUGAAAGUGAACUAAACAAGUUCUCCACAAUGUACACUACUCAAAAAAAAUAAAGGGAACACUUAAAACAACACAUUGUAACCAAGUCAAUCACACUUCUGUGAAAUCACACUGUCCACUCCGGAAGCAACUCUGAUUGACAAUCAAUUUCACAUGCUGUUGUGCAAAUGGAACAGACAACUGGUGGAAAUUAGAAGCAAAUAGCAAGACAUCCCCAAUAAAGGAGUGGUUCUGCAGGUGGUCACCACAGACCACUUCUCAGUUCUUCACUCUAGUGGUACCAUGAGACGAAGUCUACAACCCACACAAGUGGCUCAGGUAGUGCAGCUCAUCCAGGAUGGCACAUCAAAGUGAGCUGUGGCAAGAAGGUUUGCUGUGUCUGUCAGCGUAGUGUCCAGAGCAUGGAGGCACUGCCAGGAGACAGACCAGUACAUCAGGAGACGUGGAGGAGGCAGUAGGAGGGCAACAACCCAGCAGCAGAACCGCUACCUCUGCCUUUGUGCAAGGAGGAGCACUGCCAGAGCCCUGCAAAAUGACUUCCAGCAGGCCACAAAUGUGCAGGUGUCUACUCAAACUGUCAGAAACAGACUCCAUGAGGUUGGUAUGAGGGCCUGAUGUCCACAGGUGGGGGUUGUGCUUGCAGCCCAACACCGUUCAGGACGUUUGGCAUUAGACAGAGAACACCAAGAUUGGCAAAUUUGCCACUGGCACCCUGUGCUCUUCAGAUGAAAGCAGGUUCAAACUGAGCACAUGUGACAGACAUGACAAAAUCUGGAGACGCCGCAGAGAACAUUCUGCUGCCUGCAACAUCCUCCAGCAUUACUGGUCUGGCGGUGGGUCAGUAAUGGUGUGGGGUGGCAUUUCUUUGGGGGUGAGGGGGCUGCACAGCCCUCCACGUGCUUGCCAGAGGUAGCCUGACUGCCAUUAGGUACAGAGAUGAGAUCCUCAGACCCCUUGUGAGACGAUAUGCUGGUGUGGUUGGCCCUGGGUUCCUCCUAAUGCAAUACAAUGCUAGAUCUCUUGUGGCUGGAGUGUGUCAGCAGUUCCUGCAAGAGGAAGGUAUUGAUGCUAUGGACUGGUCUGCCUGUUCCCCGGACCUGAAUCCGAUUGAGCACAUCUGGGACAUCACAGACUGUCCAGGAGUUGGCGGAUGCUUUAGUCCAGGUAUGGGAGCACAUCGCUCAGGAGACCAUCCGGCAUCUCAUCAGGAGCAUGCCCAGGUGUUGUAGGGAGGUCAUACGGGCACAUGGAGGCCACACACACUAUUGAGCCUCAUUUUGACUUGUUUUAAGGACAUGACAUCAAAGUUAGAUCAGCCUGUAGUGUGGUUUUCCACUUUGAUUUUGAGUGUGACUCCAUAUCCAGACCUCUAUGGGUUGAUAAAUUUGAUUUCCAUUGAUAGUUAAAUGUG